UUUUGCAAGGUUAUCGCAUGCGAAUCAACAACAGCACUGAAGCAGCAAACACAGGACGACUGCAUGUGGAUUACGCACAAGCUAGAGACGAUCAGUAUGAAUGGGAAUGUCGACAGAGGCAGCUACAGAGAGAGCAGCGACAUCGAGAAAGAAUUGAAGCAGAGAGAUUGCGGCCUCCGUCUCCACCUCCUGUGGUACAUUAUUCUGACCAUGAAGCGACAAUCAUUGCAGAGCAGCUCAAGGGUGAUGACACAUUUUCCAAAGCAGUACAGAUUGUUAUCACCUGGCUAGAGAGAGGAGACUGUAGCAAGCGAAAUGCUGGAACUUUCUACAGUAUGAUCCAGUCAACAAACUCCCAUGUGCGAAGACUGAUGACUGAGAAGAGCCAGUAUGAAGAGGAAUUGGCCAAAUUUCGUGAACAAACACGGGCACGCAUGCAAGGUGUAAUCAUGCAAUUCGGUCAGAUCGAGCGUGUCUUCAUGUCAGCCGGUCACCAGAAGGUCUGGGACCACUUCACCAAGGCCCAGAGGCGCAACAUUGAGAUGUGGAAGAAGCAGGCAGAG